AUGUGGGAAGGAGCAGGCGUCCAUGGCAGCCACGAGGCUCUCCUGCUCCAGGCCGCCGGCGGGGUCACGCACCACGGGGGCGACCACAGCCACGCCUCAGGGCUCCUGCCGUGGCUCGGCCCGGCCGCCGCCGCGUCGCCCUACAUGAUCCCCCACCUGCCGCCUGCGCCAUACGGUGCCGAGAUUUCCGAGGCUGCUGGGACUUUUGGCAUAGGAGCGUACCCUGAGGGCGGCGGCCUGGGGCAUCAGUACGGGCUGUUUGACCUGGAGCCGCCGCAGCAGCACGGGAAUGGAGGUGGUGGCGGUGGUGGGGCGCCGUCCCUGCAGAUGGGGCCCCGCGGGUCGAGGAUGGUGUCCGGGUUGCUGGGGAGCCUGCAUGCGGAGCUGGGACGAUUAUCGGCGAAGGAGAUCAUGGACGCCAAGGCGCUGGCGGCCUCUCGUAGCCACAGCGAGGCCGAGCGCCGCCGCCGGCAGCGCAUCAACAGCCACCUCUCCAGACUUCGAAGUCUCCUCCCCAACACCACCAAGACGGACAAGGCGUCGCUGCUGGCCGAGGUCAUCGAGCACGUCAAGGAACUGAAGCGCCAGACGUCGGGGGUGCCGGUGCCACAGCUGCUGCCGACCGAGGCCGACGAGCUCGCGGUGGACGCGGCGGCGGACGAGGAGGGGACGCUCGUGGUGCGGGCCUCGCUCUGCUGCGAGGACCGACAGGACCUCGUACCGGACAUCGUCCGCGCCCUCGCCGCGCUCCGGCUACGCGCGCGCCGCGCCGAGAUUGCCACGCUCGGCGGCCGCGUCCGCAACGUGCUCCUCAUCAGCGAGGUGGGCGAAGAUGACGGGGGAGAAGAUGGACGCCACGGCUGGAGGGACGACGACGACGAGUGCGCUGCCACCUCGCACAGGAGACAUGAGCUCGUCGCGUCGAUCCAAGAGGCGCUGCGCGGCGUCGUGGACCGCAAGGCGGCCAGCAGCGACACGUCGUCGUCCGGUGGCGGGAGCAUGAAGCGGCAACGCAUGAACGAGGAGCAGGAGCAAGGUUCCUUCUAGCUAGCAUGAAAUAUGCAUGAAUUCUGGCUUAUGCAAACUCAACUUAAUUAGUAGUACAGUUAUAAGUUCAGCUUACUUCAAGAUUAGGAGUUCGCCUCUUCAUUUUGGUGUUGUGGUGUGUGCAUGAGGGAAAGAAAGAAAAAGUAGGAUCGAUCUGCCCAAGGCAGAGGGAGAGUUUUAUGUAUCCCCUAUAUAUGUUCGUGUGCAUGUUACUUUGCAUAUGUAUUGGGCAAAUGGGUCAUUCAAGAGGUUAGUUUACUGUUAAUUCUUCUUACAAUCGAGGACAUGGGUGUACACGUGUAAUCUCUGGGGUAUAAUGGAAGAUUG